AUGUCUGCUAUCAAAAAUCAAGGUUCAUGUGAGGAGUUUGAAAUAUUGGAUACAUUAAGGUAUGAUUCGAAUUUUUCCCUGUUAGUUGCUGGAUCAGAAAAUCUUAAAGCCUUAACCUAUUCAGAAGUUGACAACAUGUUACAAUUGGAGCAAAAUGAAUCUGGUUAUAAUUUUUUUGGGAAUGCUUCCAUUGAAGUUAACGAUUUGAAGAAUUUUACAGAAGGUCAUGAGGGGCAUGGGACUGAGUUAUUAUUGCUUCUAAAUGCUGGUUUUUUGAACAGCCCCAAGCUGAUUUCAACAGUCGCGAAUGAUAAAUCUUUGACAGAAAUCAUAUCCAAAAGGUUUCUGUUUCUAAGGCAACAUCUAAAUAGGAUAAAUGCUGCUUUGGGUGUCUUCGAGGGAAACUUUAGGCUGAGUUUUGGCGAAGUGAUGCAAAUUCUUAUAGAUGCUCUCAUGGAGCAAUAUGACACUUCUCUUUCCUACCAUGAUAGAUUAUUGAAGAUAUUGAAUAGUAGUCAAGUCCACAAGGUGAGGCUACUAGUUACACUUGAGCACAAAGUAAAAGCAGAGCUUCAUCCAUUACCUUUCUUUCAAGAUACGAUUAUUAAUCCUACAAAAUAUUUUAUCAACAGUAUAUUAAGUGGUUUUCUAGAAUGGAAGGAGGCGUGCUGGGAUCUGUUUCUUGAUGGUUUACCCACAGCAGGAAGGUUUCCAUUCUCAACAUUUAAGACAACUGCCCGAAAGCCUUACGAUGAAGCUAGAAACCGAUUAUUUAAAAUGGCCAAAAAUUAUAGAAAUGGUGCAGAUGACACAUCCAAAUGCGAAGUGCUACUUUACAAUGAAAAAGGCGAAAUUAUGGAAGGGAGUAUUACGAAUAUUGCAGUUCUAUCAAAGAACAAGAGCGAAGAUGGCACCCCAAGAUAUAUAACGCCAUAUCUUUCCUCAGGUUGCUUGUGCGGUACCAUGAGAUACUAUCUCUUGAAAAAAGGUCUUAUCUCAGAAGGACAUGUAAUGACCAAUGAUAUCAAGAAGGGGGACACCGUGCUAUUAUUCAACGGUGUGAUGGGGUGCGUCAAGGGUAUAAUAAGAGAAUAA